ACACUGAGGUUUGUGGAUUCGGUUGGCAGAAGUUUCAGUCUCACUGCUACAAGUACUUCACACACCGCCGGACGUGGGACGCUGCUGAGAGGGAGUGUCGGCUGCACGGUGCCCACCUGGCCAGCAUCCUGUCACAGGAGGAGCAACUGUUUGUCAACCGUCUGGGCAGUGACUACCAGUGGCUCGGCCUGAACGACAAGAUGUUUGAGAGAGACUUCAGGUGGACUGAUGGAAACCCAUUGCAAUACGACCACUGGAGGCCGAACCAGCCGGACAGCUUCUUCCAGUCAGGAGAGGACUGUGUGGUGAUGAUCUGGCACGAGGGAGGACAGUGGAACGACGUGCCCUGCAACUAUCACCUGACCUUCACCUGCAAGAAGGGGACAG